AUGACCUCUGGUUCGGUAGUCGCCAUAGCCGGGGCAACUGGCCAUCUGGGAAAACAUGUUGUUUCUGCAUUCCUCUCCUCUCCUCUGAAAAACGAUUUUUCAGAAAUCAUUAUCCUAUCACGGCACGGUGGGAACAGUAAAGAAUUCCUAUCGCCGGUCACCAACGUGAAGGUCACCACACGCACGUAUACCGAAGAACAUCUUCAUGAAGCCCUUGAAGGAGUCGACAUCCUAGUCAACACUAUCGGAGCAUCUGGACAUGCAUUCAAAGAGAAGCUCCUCCGUGCGCUGCCCAACACAAAUGUGCAGGUCUAUCUUCCGUCAGAGUUUGGAGUGGACCAUUAUGUACAUGACUUUCCCCAUCUCGAAUGGGACCAAAAGAAACGACACGUGGAGCUUGCUCGAGAACUCAUACCCCAUAAAAAAGUGUGCCGUGUUUUCUGUGGACUCUUCCUAGAAGACAGCAUAGGACCAUGGUUUGGGCUGGACACAAAGCACAGCCGGUAUGAAAGUGUGGGGUCUGCGAAGACUCCUAUUUCGUUCACAUCCUUGGGUGAUGUGGGCAAGACCGUUGCUUCACUGUGCACUUUGGCCCCUAAUUUAAUACCAGACAGAGUUCACGUUGCCGGAGAUACUCGCUCCAUUUCGGAAGUUGCAGAUAUAAUGGGUGCUGCAGGUGCUGGAAAAGUGGAUGUCGAGGAAAUCGACCUGAACAAGUACAAGCAGGAGACAACGGCCAAGUUGUCGAAGGAUCCGGCCGCUUUUUUGAGGUUCUUGAUGGGCGAAGGGAACAUUAGACAUACACCUGAUGGCCUGGGAAAUGAUAAUGAUUUGGUCAAUCGGGAUGAGCAGUUAUGGAAAUGGGAGACCUUGGCUGAUCUUGCCAAAAGCACUCAUGGACAGCCUUGGAAGGACUUCGAUUGGCCACCACUCUGA